AUGGACGAUAUGGAUAUGUCUUCGUCCAACGAUACCACCAUGUCAAUGUCCAUGAUGUCUAUGACAUUCUUCACCAGCACCUCGACGCCAUUAUACUCUGCCAUGUGGGCUCCGACGAGCACUGGGCAGUACGCGGGAACCUGCAUUUUCCUGAUCGUCUUGGCAACUAUUUUCCGAGGUCUGCUGGCUGUCAAGGCGUGGAAGGAAACGGCGUGGAUGGAUGCUGAAUUCAACCGACGCUAUGUGACGGUGGCUGGGAGAGAGUCCCUGCCCAAACGGAUUUCUUCGGAUUCCGAUAGCAAAACAAUGGUUCUAAGUGAGAACGGCGUUGAGGAGGACGUGGUGGUCGUCAAGAAGAGGAAUAUGGGUACUCGACCUUGGAGGAUCACCACGGACCCUGUUCGCGCUGUGAUGGAUACUGUUAUCGCUGGUGUUGGUUACCUAUUGAUGCUGGGAGUCAUGACUAUGAACGUUGGAUACUUUUUGUCAAUAUUGGGAGGCACGUUUCUCGGAAGUCUGGCUCUUGGGCGGUAUUCAAUUCAAGAACAACACUAG